AUUUUUGUUCUAUGCUUUCUUCUGUAAACACAAUGUUUCUGUUACUUUAAAUUAGUAAUUAUUAUAAUUGAAAGUAUCUUAAACCAAAAUAUUAGUGCUUGGGAAGUUUCACAAAAAGCAGGAAAAAGUUCUGCUUCAGGACUUCUUAGAUCAAUUCAAUUCAACUACAUAAUGAUCAUUGAUUUCUUUACUGUAGUGUCUGUUCCAACUAACUUGUUACUAGAAAUUAUUAAAAUACUUUAAAAGGAUAUUUCUCAUGCCCAAUUCUUAAUUUAGAUUCCUAAAAUAAUCUACUUAAAAAUGAGAUAACUUUAAAAACAAUCAAUGAUUGAUAUCCAUUUUAAAAAAAACUUGAGGUAUUUUUUUUUCUAUUUGAAGUAAGUGCCUGUGAACGGAACCAGCAUGUGACAGACGUCUUCAGAUUUUCGUCGUUGCCAAAACGCUCAGAGGAGGACAGGAAUUUCUUUGAGGUGCAAGAAAACUGGAAAGUUGGCUAGGAGGGCUGUAGGGUGGAUGAUCAAACAACUCCAAGCCAAAUUCCGUCAAAACAGCUGCUGGGCGUCAUGUCGUAUGUGGAGAAGUAUUGUCAUGGAGGAGCUCAACACUUGCAGUAAGCAUUCCACGACUCUUGUUUUGAAUGGCACGUCACAAUUUCCACAGUGUUUUCACAGUAACGGUAGACGUCUGCCACAUGUGCUGGUUCCGUUCACAGGCGGCAGAGUUCUACGACAGAGGGAUACAAAAGUUGAUCCCACGAUGUAACAAGUGUCUCAAUUCUGGUGUGGCUAUGUUGAAAAAUAGCUGAAACAUUGCUGUACUAGUUGCCAAUAAGUAUUUUCCUGAAAGUGUUGUUAUUUUCUUUGAAGGCUAUGUCUGUAAUAAUCCGACUUCAAAAUCUGCCUCUUUCGGCUAAAUCGUCUGAUAUACGUCACUUCUUUCGGGGUUUGCAUAUUCCAGAUGGCGGUGUGCACAUUGUCGGUGGUGACAAGGGGGAUGCUUUCAUUGCUUUCAAUUCGGAUGAGGAUGCUCGCAUUGCUAUGAGGAAAGAUCGUGGUAAAAUUAAAGACUCCAAAAUCAAACUCUUAUUAAGCAGCUACAUGGAAAUGCAGCAUGCCAUUGAACGAAUCACGAAGUACGAGUCUUUGAUUCCUUCUAGUAAGUAUAAAAGCUAUGGACACUCCAGGCAAAGUCCUCUUCGUGGUCGUGAUCGAAGCUCGCAAAGAAAUCACCGUGAAAAUUACGGAUCUCACUCACCUCGUGAAGAUCGCUACAGUAGAAGAAGCCAUUCACCUAGGAGGUCGAGAUCCCCUUACGAACGAUCACGUUCUUCCAAUUAUCGAAGAUCUUCGCCGCCUCGUCAAAGUAGUCCUAACUCGAGAGGCAUUUCACCUUUCGGCAGCACUUGUGACAGUUAUGCAGAUUCCUUUAGAUCUGAUAAUAAAAGAAGUUACCAUGAUUCCAAAUACGACGAACGUACUCGAAAUAUCAAAACUGGUCCUGAUUCACCGAACAGUCUUGCAACCAGCGAGGAACAGCGUCAGUUAGAAGAAAGGAUUGCAAAAGCAUUGAACACCGGAUUCGUCGAAAGCGCCUUCGGCAUGAGCUCGUGUGGAGACGAUAAAUCCGGGAUGAGCAAACAAAUUCCUCCCCUCACUGUGGAACCAUACCCUAAACCCGUGCAGACUUUUGGAGAAGGGUUUUUCGGCGCCAUCCCAGACUUGAUGGGAAAUCAGCCGUCAGUUGCGGCUAUGUCUAACUUUAUUCCUGGUGUGAAUCCUUUGGCUGGUGUUCCAGAAUUUCAAGCUUUUCCUCCCCCUCCUUUCGUUGCUGUUUCCUCCGUGCAGCAAUCUUUCAUCCCCUUCACUGGAUAUUAUAUUACGAUCUCGGGAUUAGAUCCCCUCUGGACAAACAGUGAUUUGCAAGCCAUGCUGAAAGGAAUAUUUGCCCCGCAGGAUAACAUCAGGUGGGAGGUGGACGAUUCCGGCUUCAAGACUGGGACAGCGUUCCUGAAGUUGAUGAAUAAAGAAGAUUUCAAUCAGAUCUUAGCUCAAGCAACAUAUAUUUUCAAUAACAAAAUCAUCACAGUGAGCGAGUGUCCGAACAGUGUCUAUGAGAAAUAUUUCCCGCCUCCUUCCGUUCCACCCCUUCCUGGACAAGCCAUCAUUCAAGACGCUGAGCUCUACUACAAAAUUAAAGGCUUGCCCUUCACCAUCACUCACGAGGAGAUAAUGCAUUUCUUUUACGGAUUUCAAAUCGCUGAUGUCUAUUUGGAGUGUUUGCCGUCCGGAAAAAUGACAGGCGAGGGUUACAUAUGUUUCACCAACAUGGCUGACUACGAGAGGGCUCGUUUGAUGCACGGAAAGAAACUCGGCCUCGCAUUCAUCGAAAUGAUACCUUGCACCAGACAGGAAAUGAUGGACACCAAGGGAAGAAAUAAUGGAUUUUUCAAUCCUAGUUUAUAUCUCCCCCUGCACACUCCCGCGGCGUUCGAGAAGCCGCCUGGACCGAAGCGGCCUCUGUGCGCUCUGCUCACUGGAUUGCCGUUUUUCAUAAAAAUCUCCUUGAUGUCUGCAUUCUUCGAAGAACACGGAGGGGUGAAACCCGAUGCCUUACACCUUUUGGUCAGUUACAAGCGAAAACCCACCGGCAGGGGGUUUGCGGAAUUUACGAAUAUCAGAGACUUUGAUGCCGCCCUUAAAUGCCAUGGUCAGAAAAUUGGCCAGAACAUGAUUUGCGUGAAGCAGGUUUUGUACGAUGAAAUGACCAAAAUACUGAGCACUCACAAAGCCAAGCAUGAUUAUGCAGAUAAAUCAUCCUCUAAUUUAGUCCAGGUGGGAAAUUUACCGGCAAAAUCUCCUCAUGUAUGGGACCCUCCCAAUCGAUCCUUUCGUGAUAAUUCGAAUUUGAUCUCAGUACAGAACAAUUCCUUUCAUAAAGGUGCAGGAAGUCCCACUGGUUUUCAACAUUCAUUUAAAAAAAAUGAUCGUAACAUGGAUUAUUCUGCAAAUAGAGACCAUGGUGAAGAGGUGAGAUCUUCGUCAAAUAGAGAACACAGUGAAGAGAGGAGAUUUCAGAAUUCUUCUUCAAAUAGAGGUCGCAAUGAAGAGGAGAGAUUUCAGCCUCCUUCAAAUAGAGGCUAUGGUGAAGAGGAGAGAUUUCAGUCUCCUUCAAAUAGAGGCCACAAUGAAGAGAAGAGAUUUCAGUCUCCUUUAAAUAGAGGCCACAAUGAAGAGGAGAGAUUUCAGAGUUCUCCUUCAAAUAGAGGCCACAACGAAGAGAAGAGAUUUCAAUCUGACAUCGAUGAAGAUUACCUCAGAGGUAAAGCAAACGAGGAAUAUUUCGAUUCAAGAUCCAAGGAGGAUCUGAGGAUGCCAGUAAAGUUUGAAGUAAAAAUCAAGCAAUCUGUUGCAAAAAACACAAAGGCGGAUGAAGCUUUUGAUAGAUCUGUCAAAAACAAUCCCACCCUUAAACUCUCCAAGUUGACUCCAGAAAAAGAAAUUGAAAUUGUGAAAGUAAUUUCCCACAAAACCGUCAAAGAAGCUCGGAGGAAAGAUUCAGAGGAAAGGUGCGAGUCCCCUGCUGCAUAUGAAAAAAUGGGGGAUUUCGGUAAGAAGAACAGUUUUAAAAGAGGUGAAGAACGAAAAAAACUAGAAAAAUAUUCUUCGGAUGAGGUAGAUGUGGAUUACUCUGAUCCACCUGAAAGGUAUCGUCAUCAAUCUCGUUCGCCUUCUCGAAAGCACAGGAAAAGCUACAAAGACAAGUACAUCAAUGAUGACAUAUUUGGUGAAGUGAUUGUGGAAAUGAGUAACGUUCAUCCUCUCGUUCGAAGUCCGGAUCUUUUAGAUUUUUUUCACAGCUUUGAUGUGACAGAAGACAGGAUGAUUCGCAGGUACAGUGACAUGGGAGAGCCCCUCGGUGACAUUCGAGUGACGUUUUUAAGUUUGCGGGAAGCUGAGAAAGCGGUCAAGUAUCUCAGUGGUCAGUAUUUGAACGGGAUUCCCGUGAGCUUGUUUAUAGUUAAACAGAAGUAUUGUUGAACAAUUCAGAAACUUGAAAGAUAUUUUGGAUAAGUAGUUACAGUGUACAUUUUAGUGUGUGUAUUUUAUUCUGUAUGAAACAUGAUAAUCUAUUUUUCAAAGUACAAAGAUCAACUUUUUUGUAAAAAAAAAAAUGUGGGCUUAUAAGUAGUAGUUUUCAGAACCACACGCAAGUGUUAGAAUUUGAUUUAAAAAAAUUUUAACAAUGCCUUGUAUCGUCCACCUGAUAUAAAAAUGAAAGGAACAAGUUAAAAUCCUUUUAAAAUUCUCAGAAUCAGUCUGAAAAACUCUUCUUAGAAAUUUGAAAUGGAUGCAAGAUGUUCAAUUGAUUUGACAA